AUGGCUAGGGUCAAGACUGUAGCCCGCGGAUACUAUCGCCGCAGGGGCUGGCCGAGUUUGGAUGACAAGGCGGGUCCAUCUCAUGCCCAGGAGCCCACUCCACCUCAGUCUCCAGUUGACAGCUGCCUACAGUCUUCAGACGGAGCAUCUCCCUCACACGACACAGAGGCGCGGCGACUAUUUGACAGCUCUGUAAGCAUUCUAUACAGGGCAUUAGCUAUCUAUUCCAGUGCUUAUCUGGAGCAUCAUGAUGAAGCUCCACGGGAGCAGAUUGAGUCUGGGGCCUGUUCCUUUAAGAAGAAGGACUGGGAUAAGAGCUACAAUGCUCUUAUCAAGAGCCUGAGGGACGAUGCUGUCGAGGCAGCUGAGGAUUUAGAGGCAGAAGAGCAGGCAGCAGCAGCAGCAAACCCGGCAACGGACGAUAUACCAGUCGAUCCGGCUGCUGUACACAUAGACAUCAAUUUGGAGCAGCCUGCAGAGGACGCAAAGGAGCACUCUCCAGUUAGGUCACCCAUUCACGAUGCGGAGCAGGCUCAGGAUCAUCAUUCUCCUGAUCCAACCACACUUGAGGCUCCAGCACAGACACCUGUAUAUUUUCUGGACCCUUGUUCUAAAUUGACCAUUUGCAAUAUUAAGUCGUGGAUUUAUUGCAGGUACAAGCCAGAUGUAAUAAAGGGAGACAUGGAUUCAAUUAGACAAGAAGUAAAAGAUUUCUAUGAAAACAAGUUAUGCAUUCUUGUUCUUGGAGCACUUGGUGGACGAUUUGACCAUGAGGCUGGAAACAUAAAUGUUCUUUAUCGUUUCUCGGCCAUGAGAAUACUUCUUUUAUCCAACCAUUGCCUCAUCCAACUUCUUCCAAAGACUCACAAUCAUGAGAUCCAUAUCCAAUCCUCAGUUGAGGGCCUUCAUUGUGGACUUGUCCCGAUUGGGAUGCCGUCUAGAAGCACUACCACCUCCGGGCUGGAAUGGAAUCUUGUUAUUAACUGGAGGCCCACACAGAUUGUUUCCAAGAAAACUGGAUGCACUGAAACUUUGAAGUUGAGUGCUUGA